GGGGUACAUAUAAGAAGAACCUACCGACAACCAUCAGCACAAUCCUCCCUCAACCUUCUCCAGAAGAACAACAGGAUAAUCCAAAACUCGCAAAAAUGAAAUUCAUCAUCGCUCUCGCUUUCUUGGCUGUUGCCAUUGCUGCACCACAAGAAGACAAGAAGCCUAUUGAAAUUAUCUCAUCCAAUAGCGAAAUGAACGCCGAUGGAAGCUAUUCUUUUUCUUUCGAGAGUGAGGAUGGUACCAAGGUGUCGGAGAGCGGUAGCCAGAAGCAAGUCGGACCUAAGUCCGAAGACAUUGGAACCGUCUCCAAAGGAUCUUACUCUUACACUUCUCCCGAUGGUGUUGUCCUCACCGUCAAUUGGGUCGCUGAUGAAAAUGGAUUCCAAGCCACCGGUGAUCAUUUGCCUACUCCUCCACCCAUGCCCGAGCACGUCGUGAAGAUGUUGGCCGAUCUGAAGGCUGCUGGUGUUCUGUAAACCUGCACAUAUAUUACUUAUCAACAUGUAAAUCACACAACCAAAAACUAAAUUGCUCCGAUCACUUUGUGCCACUCCAAAGGCUCCCAACUUUUUCUGGGAGUAAAAUACAUAAUAAACGUCUAGUUCCGUAAAA